AUGCCUUCGGAGACGCAGCCGGUCACUGUCACCACGAUGGAGGAGUCUUUGCACCUGGCCGUCCAUUCCAUGAGCACGGCGACCAGUCAUUUCGAACAUCCGGUGUCGUGCACACCAGACGUGUCGAUGGCCUAUUGGGAGCUCCUGUUAGCGAACAUGGGCAGCUUGGAGUCCAAGAGCUACUGGAUGGAGACAGAGUUCCUUUUGCUGAACUCCGGCUACUCACAUCAUUGGUUGGAACAAGCUGCUUUGGGCCUCGAGGCUCAAAAGGCCAACCUCUUGGCCUCGGUCACCUGGGAGUUGAGCAACGCCAUCCACGAUUUCACCUUCGCCUGGGAGGCGUACAGGCCAACGAACGAGGAGAGGCUGCUGAGCCUGCAGAUCGCUUACAUCAUCUCCAACGAGUUUCCGAUUGGAGAGAAGGAUAAGCUUGACUACGCCAAUGAGCCCGAGACCUACCAUACCGUUCAUCGCCAAUACCAUCCCACGUACCGAGCCUUGCUCUAUGAGAAGAACUACUAUGACAUCUUCUUUUUCGACCUGAAGGGGAACCUCAUCUAUUCGGUGUACAAGGAGCUGGAUUUUGCCACAAACUUUGCGGCUGAUGGGAUUGGUGAAUGGAGAAACUCUGGUCUGGGCGUCGCCUACAGGGCGGCCAUGGCGGAGCCGGAUGAGGUGCAUGUCAUCGACUGGGCACCCUAUGGCCCCUCGAGCGGAAAGCUCGCCAGCUUUUUGUCCAUCGGCGUCAAGAGGGAGAAUCAGCUGGUGGGCGUCUUCUCGAUCCAGCUGGUACCCGCCUUAAAGCCCCGGAACUCCAGCCGCUUCCUGGAGGACGCCGGCAAAGACUUGACCAAGAGCUUCCAGACGUUCAGGUAUGGAAGCUUGGAGGACAAGAUUCAACCAGUUCCCACGCAACGAAUUGCCGACAACCUUAUUGCAACUGAUAACGUUUGGGCUAAGUUAGCGCCGCUGCUGGAACAAGAGGUGAUGUCGCCAAGGAAGUCGUUGGAGUCAGGCACCAAUCUUGAUGGCUCCGAGGCGCUUGCCGUGAGCUCCUUGAGCAUCGACUUGGGCAAUCAAGCCCGAAGCUUGAGCAAGGCUUUGUUGGAUGAUGCCUGGCUUUAUCAACCGGCUUUGGAAGGCGCCAAGAUUCUGCUGGUGACAGAACAGCUGAGCCUCCUUCAUCGCCUGACACGCGACGCGGCCGCGCUUGUGCCGUCGCGGUGCACGGAGCGACGAGCAGCAAUGUCGUACGAUGGGCCUUGGCAGGCCAAGGCUGCCUUUCGGAUUAAAGUUGCCGGCGUGAGAUAUGUGGGUCCAUCGCGACAGCAGCUGGCAGCGGCCGAAGCAGAUCAGCGACAGCUGGAAGCUGCGCGUGCUGCAGGCGCUGACAUGGAAGCAGUCAUCAAGCAGUUGUUUGCGUCCAUGGAAGUUGAUGCCAGAGCAGCCCGGGUAGAAGAGUGUAUCGAAAAGUGCAAAGACAGUUUUCGUGCGCGUUUCAAAAAGCAAGGGCAUACGUACUUUGGACCCCUUCGAACUGUGAGAGCUGAAGCAUUGGAGGAUGCCCAGACUUUGCUGGCAGCUGCUGACAUUUCCAUUCCAGCAUUGCAAGCUGCGGAAACGAGAUUGAAGGAGGAGAGUGGGCUGCCAGAAAUGUCUUUGGAGAAGGCAGUGCUUGAAGCCAUGUCGUACUGGCUGAGACAAGGUUCCACCUUGGAAAUGGAAGGAGUUUCCAGGGCACUGAAGACGCGAAUGCGUCGUGUGACAAAGGGUUCAGAACAAGAUGUGCUCUUCGAUGCGGCAAAGCUGCUAGUGAAGGAGCAUCUGGAGAUGGAGCAUUUUGCUCAGCAAGCUUCUGCGGAAUGGUUGUGGGAGAAAGGUGUGCAUCUGAGGCUGGACUACGGCAGUCGCCCUCGUGACACUUCUGGUUUGCAAGAUCGGUUUUGGCAGACUGGCCUGCGAAAUCUGGGCAACUCCUGCUAUUUGAACGCUGUUGUUCAGUGCAUGGUCGCAUGUCAGCCUCUGCGUAGGGAUUUGUCUCAGAGACUGCGGAAAGGGCAGUUCCGGACAUGCAUGGAAGAACUGACGCAACGCCUGCAGAGCGAGAAGUACGAUUGCAUCGCUCCGUAUGCUUUACUAAACCAGAUCUAUUUGACCAAUACCGUGAAAUUUCCAGCUGGAGAAUCGGCAGAUUGCAGUGAUUGCCUCGAAAUCCUGCUUGAGACUUGCAUCAAUGACUGCGGGUUAUAUGUGAGCAGUGCGGAAGCCACAGGUGGCAUCGAACACGCUGACGGUUUGUAUAUGAUGACCAGCACGCCGAUGGAAUUGGAUCAUCGUGCAAUCACUGUGGAGGAGGUGAUGCGGGCGAACUUUCCAUGUGGCUGGCCGAACUCGGAUGCUGUCAUCCUGCAACUGGACGGCAACCGUGAGGGCGCUGCGAUCGAUUGGACGCAGCUACUGGCUCAGUCUGGAAGAGAGGACACGGCAAAAUAUGACGGAACAAGCUUUGGUGACCGUCGCCAUGUGUGCUACAUUGUGACAGGUUUCGUAGAAUUUCAUGGAGGUCAUUUCAUUGCUUAUGUGAGACAGAAAAGCGGCUGGAUGAAAUGCGAUGAUUCUGUUGUUAGUCGUUUGGCAGCUGGAGUAACCGGUAAGUGGCCGAGUCUGAUUUUUCUGGAGAGACUGCGACGGCAGGGACGAGUCGAGCCUGCGGUGUCCUCUUUGGCCCCGGGGGCCUGGUUGGCUCGGUUGCCGGGUUUGUUGGCUGCAGCCGUGACAGGUGAAUCUUCGGACUGGCAAAGGCGAGUUGCUCGCAGAACCGAACUUCCAGCUUGUGGCGGGGAAGGGCUCAAGACACACCGACACUGGACGGUGAGCAAGUUAGCAUUGAAAGGUUCCUCCCGCACACAGAAUCGUGCUGGUCGCCAACAGGAACGGACUGGUCGGAGCCGGAAAGAAAAUCGUGCUGGUCGGAAGCAGGAACGAAAGCGUGCUGGUCGGAAGCAGAAACAAAAGCGUGAUGGUCGGAAGCAGAAACAAAAUCGUGCUGGUCGGAAGCAGGAACAAAAUCGUGCUGAUCGGAAGCAGGAACAAAAUUGCGCUGAGCGGAAGCGGGAAGAAAAUCGCACCGAUCGAACACAGGAAUUUGUUGGCCCACGCCGGCAAGAAAGAAUCCUGGGCGCCGCCACCUGGUCGAACAACAUGUCUGGUCACAGAACUGACAAGGUCAAUGAUGAGGAUAACCCAUUCAAUCGGUUUGUGUAUGCCUUUUCACUGCGCCGUGAUCAUGCAGAAGAGGACCUGCGUGAAUGGCUACAUGAACCAACGGUUGUGGCUGCGCAGCCUUGCUUGUUGUGUCAGGAAGGCUUCGAACAUCGUGAUGCUUUUAUUGCUCACGUUGAUGCCGUGCAUGGUGGUCUCCAACGCUAUCGAAAUGCUUGUUGGUUCCUGGAAUGUCUAUGCCCUCAUGUGGUUACUGCUCAGGAGGUGAGGCACUAUGUGAGCAACUAUGCCACCUUUUUGCGACUGGGGGCCAUGGAUUGGGAAAGGUCUCUGGUUGAAGCUGUGUCGCAACCAGAAGCUUGUUUGGAACAUGUUCUUCGACGUCGAUGUGCCUGUGUUUUCUGUCCUCGAUCAUUUUGGAUGGAAGAUCUGAAAGAUGUAUUUUUGCAAGGGGAUCAAUGUUUCAUGCAGAAUCCGGAUGCAGUUUGGGAACUCAUUGGCGAAUUGGAAGCGUCUGCAGUGAAUAUGGGCACCAAGAAUAAACCAAAGUUGGUGCUGUUGCACAAACGCCGUGUUUCGGAGGCAGCUGUUUGUGGGGAGGCUUCAGUCGGCAUUUGUUCCGACUGUGACGCUGCAUUCAGCGGAAAGAAGCCAAGUUUGUGCAGAUUCGCUUUGGCCAACGAUAUGUGGUUGGGCCGCAUUGAUCCAUUGCUGUGGAAAGCAAAUCUGACGCACGAAAUGUGUUUGGCUUUGGCGCGAACUGUGGCCACCAAAGUGGUCUUGCGCCAAGCCAUGGACAAGGUGACCAAAGAGAAGAUGAGUGCGAUCCUGAAAAGCAAGGAUGGUGUAAACAACAAAUUGGAGAAGAUCUUGGCAUUGCUCACCCUUGCCAACCUGGCCUAUGGGCUGAUUCUCAAGCCUGACUCCUUACAUGUCCAUCCUCACAACAGAGGAUCUCAGAUGGUCAAUGCCUUUGAAUGGCACAAGAAGGGGCAGUUGCAAGAAGCACAAGACCAGCAAGAGGGGCAAGCUGCAGUUCGUAGGAUUGCUCAGUUUCAGCUUGACAAAGCAUUGUUUGUGGAUCAAGCCAACUGUUUGCGAGACACGAACCCAGUGUAUGCUGAGGGCGUGACUGAGAUCAACCGAGACCUGUUGACUGAGUGGGUGGAUCAACAAGUCCCGCAGCCCAUUUUGGAUUGUGUGUUGACAGUUCCAGUCGGAGAAGGAGGUCCUGGAGUGAUGCGUCAAGAAGGUCCGGCGAGUGCCACAGAACAACGCACGACACCGGAUGAAGAUCCCGUGAUUUUUGCGAUGGAGUCUGAAGUCUCUGAUUUCAAUAGCAAACGACUGGACCUGUCCAAUCGCAUUGUGGUGCUUUUACAAAAACUGGAAGAGCUAGAAGCAGCGGGCGCACGAUCUGUCGCUCUUGAAAUGGAAGCCUUGGUUGAGGAUGAAGGAUCGCAGUGGGUGGAUCAGGCUGGUCGAAAGCGCAUUUUAGAACUUUGCAAUGAAAUUCAUGAGUCGUGUGAAAAGGUGUCCCACGCAGGCAUGAGGACCAAAUUGGAAGAAGAACUUCGUGAUAUUGUGGAGGGCCGGUCCAGGUGGCUUCUAAAAAGUGAGACCAACAGUAAUGGAGAGCCCAGCUUGGCUGAAGUCGACGUGACGACGGCAAGCGGUGUGGGAGCCGAAGUCGACGUGACGAUGGCGAGCAGGGAGCGAUCCGGCCAGGUAGAUCGCAGUGGGCCUGGACAUUUGGUGGUGGCUCGAGGCAAGAAACCACUCAGUCUUUUGGAUUGGAAGAUUUGGGCCAUGGCCCGGCCACGCUUGUGGCGAUAUGGUGAUGCUGCGAACUUGUAUCCUGAUCGAGAGGUACCUUUGGCCACCCGGGAGUGGGCUGCAUGUUUGCUUUUGCGGGAGGAAUUGGAAUACAGUUUGAGUGAUGAUGUUCACGAGAGUCCUGUGCAAAAUCGUUUUAGUGGCGAUUGGGUGGCCUUGCACAUGAUAGCCACAGUGUCCCGCUUGACGGACCAACAUGCGGCAACCUACAAUUUCUUGAAGAAUGGUGGCAUGGUGUUUGCUAAGACUCUACGAGGAUUGUCUGCUGAAAAGUUGGCACAGGCAGCGAGAGUGAGCAAAGAUGCGGGUGCGUCGUUGCAGCAGUUGCACACCACCCCGGGCAUACCUCGAGAGGUCAAGGAUGCCCUGCAUGCCAUGAACGGCGCAUCCAGCGCCGUUUUAGGCACAGACGGCCAUCGUCAGUUCUGCCGUCAUGAAGGAUGUGCCUACAUGGAAACCUUCGGUCCGCCUCUGAUUUUCGUCACUCCAAACGUUGCCGACACUCAGCACCCCUUGCUUUUGAUCGUGCAAGGAGAACAGAUUGACCUUGGAGCGGUCAGUGCUGACAUGGCAUCGACUUUGCCAAAAUACCGAGAUAUGCUUCGGCGUGUGGCCCAGGAUCCAGUCGGGCAAGUCGGGCAAUUUGAAAUGUUGAUGAGUUUAUUUUUACAGCACGUCUUGAAUGUGCGGCCAGAGACCCUGGAUUGCCGCCGCAACUCCGUCAGGGCUGCGUGCCGGGAGUGGUGCAGCGACGGUGUCGCUGCGGCAUCCAGUGGUUCUGGCAUGGUUGGGCCGGUUCUUGCAUUUCGUGGCGAAAUCGAAGCUCAGGGUCGUGGGUCUUUGCAUCCCCACAUCUUGGUGUGGUUGGUUUGUGGUCACCUGGAGGUCUUGAGUCAACUGACGGAAAUCUUGCGCACCAAGCAGCACGAACUGCGACAACGCUUGAAAGAAUUCAUGCAAUUGGCGGUGGCAAGUUUUGAAUCCAUUUCGCAUGCUUCUGUGCAAGCGGCUCCACGUUGUGUUGGAAGUGAUAUUUUGGAUGCACCUGUCAAGAUCACGGAGGUGGCGCGUGAUCUCUUCAGGGGUGAUGGUGGCUCGGAUAAGGAACUGCUGGAACAAUUGAAAGAGAAAACACCUGAACAAGAAGAGUAUCUGCUGUGGAUUUCUGAGGAAGACUUGGCGGCGACCCAAGUUCCAAGUGGAAGCAACAACAACAGGACGAAGCUGCGCAUGGCAUGGAAGGGCGAGUGCGCGGAGGAGGCAGAGGAAGCUGGAGAUCAUGAUGUGGAGCUGUCGCAAGCGAUCAGUAUCAGUGUCAAUGAAGCCUUUUGUGAUGGUAUCAAUACAGGCUUUUAUGUCAACAACUAUACAACAAAACCGGGCCCGGGCUUGAAAACACUGAUGGAUGAACUGCAGACGGGCAUCCAACGGCUGGAAAAUGAAAACAAAGAACGUGAAGAAAAGAGAAAAGCAGAGCGGGAGGCUGCAGAAGCCGCUGGGGAACACCUGCCGGGGCGUCGCAACAAAAUUUUUGCUGACACGUUGCGUACCCUGAUGCGAUUGACGGCAUCAUAUCGACGCUGUCAUUGGAAGAGCUUGAAGCUUGGCGUCGUCAGUAUGGCGAUUCAGUCUGACAGCACAUUGAGGAUCCAGGAGCCUGUCGUAUUCAGGCGGCCUGGAGUGGAUGAUCUGGAGUUGAAGGGUUGGAAGAAAGUUUAUCGCAAGGAUCCGGCCACGGAGGUGGUUGAUGAAAUUUUUGUGGGUCCGAAUGGACAAGUGUGUCCAGACCUUUUGGCUGCCUUUGAAGAAUACCAAGGACGUGAGAGGAAGAAUGCCGGACAGGCGUUGAGCUAUGUGCAGGAACUCCUCAAACUUCAUGCUGUCACGGAGAUGGUUGUUCCGAUUGAUACGGACGCCAGCGUUGCUACGAAUCUGCAGUCUCUGCAAGCAGAUGGCCAAGAGGUAGCUGUGAAGACCACGAGCAAUGUGGAAGCCAAACGUUUGGCCGUGACAUCAUCCAGUCUGGAAGACUAUCUGUUUCGUGGCGAUCAUCCUUUGCUGGCAGGCAUGAGUUGGGCCACGUAUGGAACGUGGGUCUACCGUGUGGAAUUGGCACGGGGUGCAGACAAGUCGGUGAAGUCGGCCAUACCUCGGUUUGUUGAUAUUUAUUUCGAUUGCUCGUACAAGCUUUACAACAGUCAUGCACAGCGGAUCUCCAGUGAACCGCGUGUGCCUAUGUUUGAAGGCUUCACUAUGCCACCGCUGACACACGACGGCGAGCGGAACGCCAUGUACAAGCAAGUGCAGUGCCGACCAGUGGGAGUGCAUCUGGUGAAAGAGGUCGAUAUUCAACACACUGAGGAAGAGUUGGUGCUGAAUGCUUUCAAGACAUUUUCAACACCUGUAGUUGAAACUGGCGAUGUUCAUGUGGAUCGAUCUCGACAGGCACACACUGCUUUUACAAAAUCCUUUUUGGAAUGGAAGUGUGGCAUGGAGAAAGAAGCUCAACUGGCCAGGCAUCGGUUUGCGGAAAGAUAUGAAUACCCGAGCCUGUGGGAGACCCAAGAAAUGAUCACAGAACUGGAAAGCAGAUAUUUGAGGUAUCUGGAUGCUGAGACAUUGCCACCUACAGGACAGGAUUUUGAUCUCGGGAAGCCGCGGUGCACUGUUUCUAUGUAUUCGUCGCUUCUGGCACAACAGCGGAUUGCAAAUCUUGAAGGACUUGCACGUGCCAGACAACACAAACCGAAACGUAGAAGAGACGAAGAUGCUCAUUUGCAUGAGGAGUAUGUGAAGAUGCACACGCUUGGAGAAGCUGAUGAUGUUGGCGCGGAUGGCGACAACGAUGAAAAUCUAGAGGCUUUGGUGGAAGAGACAAGUGUGGUGAAAAAGGAAGUCUUCCCGCCAAUUGGUUUGCGCCUCACUGCAGAAGAGCAGAAACAGCUUUUGCGCUUUGAUCUGCAAGGUCGCAAGAAUGACUAUGUGAAAACAUUUCUGCAGGAGACCUGGAUGAGAGACGAUGUAUUUGAGGAUGCCCGGCAAGAUCUCUAUUGGAGUGUCCGAGAGACAAAACCAGGGGAAGAGGAGGAAGAUGUCGAAGCCCAGACGGAUGAGCCGGACGAGGUGGUUCGUUUGCGUGCUCUCCGCACCUUACUGCCUUUGCUCCCACGGGAUUGUGCACGUUUCACGGAUCAGAACGUGUACACGACACCCUCUGCCAUGCUGUCAGACAUGGUCGCAAAUCUACCCACCACGGGCAGAUUGAACGAGGAUCAGAUGCUCUUUGCAUUACGGUUCGGAGAUGUGUUGGACACUCUCUGGAAAGAAGAACAAGAGUUGCCACCUGAACGGAGAUCUGUGUAUCACAUGUUGUUACUGGGACAGGGCGGAUCAGGCAAAACUCAUGUUGUGCAAAAGUUUAUUUUUCCGGUUGUGCAUUUCAUCUGGCCGCCAAGCAAAGAGGAAGAGUCUCUGAUGGUUGUUGCGGCCAAAAACUCGCAAGCCAAAAACAUUUCUACAGAAGGUGUGCGAGCCAAGACAUUGCAUAGAGCAGGUUGCAUGCGGAUCCAAAGUUUGAAGAAUCAGGAUAUGGCUCCAGGCAAGAAGGAAAAGGCUUUGGAGAAAACUUGGAAGAAUGUUCGUGUCUUGAUCAUCGAAGAGAUCAGCAUGGUGUCGGCUUUGCUUUACAAUAUGCUUGAUUUUCGUGCCAUGUGUGGUCGCCGGCUUCCUUUCAAGGUGGACCGAGACACUUACAUGAAAGUCGGCUGUGCUUUCGGGCGGGUUCCCAUCGUCAUUCACCUGGGAGACUUUUUCCAAUUACGUCCGACUGGUCAGAUAUCCUUGAUUGAAGAUCUGAACCGGCGAGAUGAAGACGGCCAGUACGUCCACAAAGAGGUCCCUGGGGUCGAGAUCCCAGAUGUUUAUGAGCUACGUGGCACCAUGCGCUUCAAGCCGCAAGAUCCGCUUAUCGAGAUCUUGCAAUGCAUGCGGCUUGGCCACACACUGCCGGAUAGGCUCUGGGCUCAGUUCCAGGACCACGUGAUACGAGAUGAAGCUCCCGGCAUUGCUGAUGCUCGCUUGGAUUCGGAGAACUUUCGGUCGGGGUACUGUAUGUCGAUUUACUGGGCAUCUUUGAUUCGCAUGAUGUAUCGUCGCACCAUCCUGCAGGCGAGCCGAUGCAAUCAGACACUGGUCUUUUUGCAAGCUGCUGAUACUUGUAUGGGCAUAAACCAUGAGACUGGCAUUCGGUUUUUGAAUCAGCCGAACCCGUACAACACUGGUUUGAUUCAUGGCAUUUUGCCUUGCUUUGUUGGCAUGGAAAUUCGCUUGUUGGCGCGUGUGGAUGCCGACCAAGGGCUGGUGCAAGAUACGGUGGCAACCAUUAUGGAUUUUGGGUUUCAUGAUGAGGCGGAGAAGUUGGCUCGUUCUUUCUACUUUUUUGAAGCAGAAGAAGUGGUUGUGAGCUACAGUGGGCUGCAAAUCCGCAGAUGUGGUUUUCGCGCCACGAACGCACAUUGUCUGACCAGCACGGCUUCGCAGGGCUUGACUCUUCGAUCUGGAACAGUUGUGGAUUGUGGUCGUCAGAAAGAAAAGGACGAUGAUGAAUGGUGGUUGUAUUGGUCAGAAGAUCUGGUGCGACGGCAGCUGUGUUUGCUGUGCUUCAAUGAACGCACAGGUGCUUCUUUCCAGAUCGACAUCCAGAACUUCGAGCAGAACCAGCAGGUGCUGCUGAUGGGUCGCACUCGACGACUAGCCAGAGACAACAAGACUGACAUCGACAGUCUCUCCAACAUUGCGGGUGUGACCAUGCUGAACACUGUGUCGGACAGCUGGAGCUUGACGAAAUCCAAGCUCAUGGAACUCAUCGAUAUGACGGAGGUGCCAGAGAGCACCUUGAAAGAGUACAUGGACUUGGUGGACGAGACUGCGGCGGCGACGGAGCACUUCUUGGAGUCUGUCUCCACCGUCACGCGCACAACUACCUUGAUGGUUGUGGAUAUUUUAUCCCCAGUGCCGAUGACGGGACACUGGUCGGCCGGAAGCACCUUUCGAACGGCCCUGCGACUCGCGGAAUUCUUGAUCAACCGUGACCAGUUGAUUCUGCCCGGAUAUGAGCUGAAGCACACCAUCCUGGACGACCAGUGCGAGGGCCGCAGGGGCGCCAACGUGGUGGUCUCCGCCAUGGUGUCCAAAGGGAACUAUGUUGGGUUGACCGGCAUGGGGUGCGACGGCGUGUGUCAACAAGUGUCCACCCUCUCUUCUUCAUUCCAGUUGCCCUUCUUGAGCUUCAACUGUCCUAGCCAGGAGUUCUCCAAUGAAGUCGAAUUCCCCUCCUUGUUGCGGAUGGGAACGCCCACGGGCACCAACCAGAUGGAGGAGAUCAUGCUGAAGUUGAAGGAAAAGCAUGGCUGGCAGACGGUCUUCCUCGUCUCCGGUGAUCCGGGAGUGUACAGCAGUGAGGUGGAGCGUUAUGCCGAACUCUUCCAACGAAUCGGGGUGCAGACACAACACUUGAGCGCACUGGAAUCACGCAUGGCGGACAUCCUGACUGUGAUGAGGACCAUCAAGGCACAAACUCAAGGCUCGGAGCGUGUUCUCUUCGUCUUGGGCGAUGAGACUUUCUACAGGAAGCUCAUUUGUGCAUCAAUCAGCGAGGGGCUGCAAAGGGGUUUGACAUGGAUUUCCACAGGCUCCCGCAGGGCGGAGUGGUGGAAAAGAUCUGACCAAGCCACCUCCUUCCAAAGGCAGUGGCUCCUGGAGGCUGCUCGAAGUCUUCAACUGGUGAACGCCUUUGGGGAUCUCAAGAAUGGCUGGGACAGCUUCCGACCGACGCUGGAGGAGACCAGGACUGCGUUGACCGAGCUGUAUGUCACUGAGCAGCGGGACCGGACAGUGAGCACUGGAGGCACUGAAGGCUACGACAUCGCGCACGAAACCUGGCAUCCAAUCUAUCGCGCUUUGCUCUACGAGCGGAACUACUACGACAUUUUUUUCUUUGACCUGGAUGGAAAUAUGAUCUAUUCAGUCUACAAGGAGCCAGACUUUGCGACCAAUUUCGCAGAGGACUCUACAGGGCCUUGGAAAGAUUCUGGGCUGGGCCGCGCAUUCCGCGAAGUUUUGGCCAAUCCCGAUGCCGUCAGCUAUGCCCCUCCUGAGGCUUAUGGCGCUUGCGACGGUUGUUUGGCCUCCUUCCUGGCCACCGGCAUCCGGGACAGCCUCAACCGGCUGAUCGGUGUCUAUGCCAUUCAGCUGCCCGAGACCUAUGAGAAGUCCAUUGAGGACGAGGAAGCCUUCAAAGAUGUAUGCACCUUGGAGGCCAUCGCAGAGGCCCACGAAGGAGCUAUCAACAUUGUUGGCCUUGGCCGGGCGCGAAAGAGUGAUAUGGAAAAACCACUCCCCUGCUUCAAAGGCCACAGCCCCAGGAGCCUGUUGACCUUGUUGGACAAGCACUUGCAAGUUGGCUUCCCUGAGGGGGAAUCAACGACCAUGGUGCCUGACCCUUAUGAUGACGUGAAAGCCCUCGCGCUUGAUGGAGCCUGUGCAUAUGCGUUCGCCGUUCAGAAUAUGCUGAAAACGGGCUACAGCAUCCAGCAACUUCAGCAGCCGGAGGCUGAGACCCAUGAAAGGCUCACCUUCUUUCUGCGGAAUGAGUUGGAAUUCCAAGGCGUCUCAGGAAGAGUGAAGUUCGAUGGCAACACACGGAAGAACCCGCUGGUGGUGCAGCAGGUGCAGCACGGCAGUGCCAAAGAAGUGGCCCUGGUUGACAUCAAUGGCAAUUUCAUUUGGCUCUCUGACAACGGCACGAUGUCGGAUGCUUGGAUGAUCGAGCCAGUGCCCGAAUUCCAGGAGAUGUGGGUCGUUCAAGCAAGUAUCAUCUCGGUUGCCAUCAUUGUGCCCAUGUGCCUUGGGGUCUUCCUAGGCUGGAGGAUGGUGCGCAAGAGGCAGACGCAAGGCGACCGUGGCGAACGCGGAAGCCAAGUUUAA